CAUACCCACCUCUCACCACUGUAAUUUUCUCAUGUAAUUAUCAGUCCACCCUCACCAAACACCAUAUUUUCAUUAUCAAUUCCACCAUUUCAACACCCAAAUAAAUAUAAAAGAAAAAUGACAUCCUUGAAAAGAACUUUCUCAUAUAUGGGCUUACAAAGUGAAAAUCUUGACCCUUUAGUGCAAAGAUUUUUGGAGACCAAAAAACUUUUUACAGAAGAAUGCGAAAUGGUCUUUUCCCCAACAGAUGGGUCUCAUGCAACCAAGAUUCUAGAGAAUGUUCGAUCUUUAGGUUAUGAAGGGUUUGUGCGGAAUCCAGGUGAUUAUGUUGCUGAAAUCGUUCUUGAGUUCUAUACCAAUAUCAAUAAAUCUGAGAGAACUUCGAAAAUUGGCGAUCCAGGCAUGAUCAGCUUCAAUGGUGAAGGUAUCAGUGUACAUCCAGCCCAGGGACUUUCUAUGUCAAUGGUGUCACCACCUCCUAUAGUGUUUUCAGAAAGAGGAGAAGUAUCUACUGCAUUUCCAAUGUCAUACACCAGUCAUCCUUUUUCAGAGAUGUCGCCCUUUCAUGACUUAACUACCAUUGGCAGUCCUUCUAACUUCUUCAAUGAAGGACUUUCGAACCCGUCUCGAUGUCCCGAGUUUGGAGAAAUUAAUUCAGAGCUUCAAUUCUUCCAACAUAAUGGCACCAAGACGAGCCACACUAACUCUUGAAUUGUUCAUUCAGGAGAAUGAACGAUCCAAAAGUUGGGGAUGGUAAAAGUCUCUCUUACUAGCUUUGCACUUUUAGAGUAAUGUAGGUGUACUAUUGUUUUGUUUUUUGGGAUGAUGAUGGUUCUUAUGUUUUUGGUGGUUUAAGGAAGAUAGGGACUUGGCAUGCUUCAGGUAAGGUAUCUCUUUUUGUUAAGUAAAUAACUCACUAAAGGCAUCAGCUUGUAAAUACCCUAAAGGAACUGAUGCUACCUUUAAGGUUGGUCCUACCUGUUACUUUUAAUAUAAUGCCA